AUAGGAAAUGGAAAACAAUUUUCUUGUAUUGCUUUCUUGGCUCCUUAUACUCAUCUCUCUUUCGAAUACCCCACUCUCCCAUGGAGCAGAAACCAUUUCUGGUAAAAAAUAUUUAACUCAGACUACAACUAUAUCCUCUCUGAAUGGAAGAUUCGAGUUGGGAUUCUUCCGACCCGGUGAAUCUUCAAACUAUUACGUCGGGAUUUGGUACAAAAACAUCACCCCCCAAACAGUAGUUUGGGUAGCCAAUAGGGUGGCGCCGGUCCCCUCCGCCGCAAUCACCGCCGCCAAAUUAAGAAUCCUAGACGGAAACCUGGUGAUCGUGGACGGGGCACAGAACUUGGUGUGGUCAACCAAUAUCACCGCCGCCGCCGGGGUGAAACGGAGCUCCGUCGUAGCAACUCUGGGUGACGACGGAAACUUGGUUUUGAACGACGGCGGUUCAACAAAACCGCCACUUUGGCAAAGUUUUGACCACCCGACGGACACGAAUCUGGCGGGUUCCAAGUUCGGGUACAACAAGCGAACCAAAACAACGUUCGGGCUCACGGCGUGGAAAAGCUCCGACGACCCGGCGCCAGGGCCGUACUCCAUCUUCUACGUCCCCACCGAAAUACUUCACGUCUGGAACGGCAGAGAGGGCUACGGGACCGGGUUGCGCAAAUUCGCCAACGGAAGUUUAGUGGCGUUCAGGCCAAAUCCGGUGAUCAACUUCACGCUCGUGGACAAUGAAAACGAGACUUACUUCACAUAUUUCCUGCUCGACCAAUCCAUCAUAGCCCGACACAUAAUCGACAUAGACGGCCGCGAGAAGGAGCUAACGUGGUCGGAAACCGCCAAGAAAUGGAUGCACACCUACGUUAACCCGGAAACCCAGUGCGAUGUGUACGCAUAUUGCGGCCCAUUCGGCAUCUGCAGCGACAACUCCGUCCCCGUCUGUGAUUGCUUGCAUGGUUUCCGGCACAGAUCGGAAACAGAGUGGGGAAUAAGCGAAUUCUUUGGCGGCUGCGUAAGGAAUACGAGUUUGAAGUGUGGGAUUAAUCACCAAGAAGAGGACAUGGAUCGAUUCAGAGCGUAUCCAAACGUGAGAUUGCCCAGACAUCCUAAAAACACGACGGCUAAGAAUCAGGCAGAAUGUGAGUCCACUUGUCUCAGAAACUGUUCUUGUACUGCCUAUGCUUAUGAUGAUAGCAAUGGUCGUUGUUCUGUCUGGGCGGGAGAACUCCUCGAUCUGAAACAGUUCGGGAAAGACGAUGUCGGUAAUGAAAGCACCAUUUACAUCAGACUUGCAGCCUCUGAAUUCCCAAAUAUCAAAGAUACAAGCUCGAAGCACUGGAAGCUGGAAGCCACCAUAGCUAGUUUAGCAGUUGCUGCAACGGCUCUACUUGCAUGCAGUAUUUGCUACGUCUGUUAUAAGAAGAGGAGAACAACGUUAAAAAUAACAGAACAUGGAAUGGAUGACCAUGAAACAUUAGACCAUGAAGAUAAUGAUGAGAAAAGCAUUGACGUUCAGUGCUUUACUUUCCAAAGCAUUCUGGAAGCUACAGACAAUUUUUCCGAUGCAAAUAAGCUAGGAAAAGGAGGUUUUGGUCCGGUUUAUAAGGGUGUGCUUUCUGGAGGGCGAGAAAUUGCAGUAAAAAGAUUAUCAACUUUAUCUGGGCAAGGUGUCGAUGAAUUUAAGAAUGAAGUUGUACUAAUUGCAAAGCUUCAACAUAGAAAUUUGGUUAAUCUAGUAGGUUACUGCAUGCUAGCGAAAGAAAGGAUCUUGAUAUAUGAAUACAUGCCAAACAAGAGUUUAGACACCUUCAUAUUCAAUCAAACACGUCGCUUGUUGUUGGAUUGGAACAAGAGGUUUGACAUCAUAUUGGGAAUUGCCCGAGGGCUUGUAUAUCUCCAUCACGAUUCACGAUUGAGAAUUAUCCAUAGAGAUAUGAAAACAAACAACAUUUUAUUGGAUGAAGAAAUGGCACCCAAGAUUUCAGACUUUGGAUUAGCAAGAAUGAUGGCUGGAAAUGAAUUUGAAGCAAAUACCAAAAAGAUUGCUGGCACCUAUGGCUACCUAUCUCCGGAAUAUGCACUAGGUGGACUCUUCUCAAUUAAGUCCGAUGUAUUUAGCUUUGGGGUGAUUAUACUAGAAAUCGUUAGUGGAAAGAAAAACACAGCAUUCUACAGACAUGAAGACGUCUCAAACCUUUUAGGCUAUGCAUGGAAACUAUGGAACGAGGGAAACAUAAUGGAUUUAGUAGACGACUCACUACUAAAAUGUUGCAAGGAAUCUGAAGUGUUGAAGUGCAUAAAUGUUGGGUUGCUAUGUGUUGAAGAAGAUCCAAAUGUUCGUCCUAGCAUGCCUAGUGUACUUUUAAUGUUGUCGGAUGAAAGUACAGUUCUUCCUAAGCCAAACCAACCGGCUUUUGUCACGAGAAAACACACUUCUCUUGAAUGUGGCAUAAUUAUUGAAUCGGAUAAGCCGUGCUCCAAUCAAUUGACAUUUUCAACACAAGAAGGUCGAUAAGAAUGCUUGAUAGUAUGUGAUAUAUGUUAUAUUGUGUUCAACUUUAUGUAACAAUAAGCGUUGAAAAAAAAUCUAAAAUUCAUUUUAAAUUUUGUUGUUUGUUGAGUGAGAAGUUGUAAUCAUGAAUUGUUUAAAUGCUAUUAGUGGGCAACUAAUAUAUAUUGCAUGAUACAUGUUUUU